AUGGAAUCAGAAACAGUAGCUUCAAAACCACAGUUGGAUACAAAACCAAAAACAGAUUUAGAAACCAUAGUAGAUAAUACACUAAAACCAUGGGAAACACAAUUAGAUCCUAUUAAAUCUAUUGAAACAACUGAUCCGAAACUAAAUAAAAAACCGGACAAGACAAAACGUCACAUAUUUUUCGAAGCAUUUAAAAAAACUUUUAUUGAUUUUACACAAACAACAAGUAUACAAGGUUUAAAAUAUAUUACUGAUCCGGAAGCAAGCAAUUUUUGGCGAGGAGUGUGGGUUGUUAUAGUUUUUGUAUCUUUUUGCUGUGCUAAUCAAUUGGUUUCAACAUUUUAUGGUGAUUUCAUAAAUAAUCCUACGAGAGUUAAUAUCGAUACAGUUCAUGCAAAAUUACCAAAUUUAGAAUUUCCAGCAGUAACAAUAUGUAAUGCAGACGUUAUAAGUUAUUUGGUGGCAAAAGAUCUAGUUAAUGCACUAAAAUUACCAAAAAAUGUUACCAAUAUGACAGCCUUAAAUACUGUUUAUCAAGCUGCUGGAAUGGAUUUAAAAGCUAAUUAUGAUGAAAAUAUGCUAGUAGAUCUUCAAGAAAUUAUGGAAGCAAACCGUUAUACAAUUCCAGUAUUUAUGUCAAGUUUACGUCAAAAAUGUGAAGAUUUUUUUGUUAAAUGCCGUUGGCGUUUAGAAAUUAUACCCUGUCAUAAAUUAUUUACACAAGCAAGAACAUUUUUUGGAGAAUGUUGUUCAUUUAAUAUUAAACAAGAUGGCAUUCCAUACAAGAACAUCUUUUCUUUAGAAGCUGGAAUUUUUGGUGGUUUAUCAGUGAUGUUAUCACCAAUAAUGGAUGAUAAAGCUGUAACUGAAUUUGAAUCUCGUGGUUUUAGAUUAAUAAUACAUAAAAAUGAUGUUUUUCCAACACAUUUUGACGAUCCAUUAUUUAUUGGACUUGGAUUAGAAAGUUUUAUUGGUAUUCAAGCUCAAGAAAUAAUUUGUUCAAAUCAAGUUAAGCAAUUAUCAGUAUCAGAUCGUGGUUGUGUUUUUCGCAAUGAAAGACCCUUGGCUUUCUUUCCUGAAUAUGAUUCAAGUAAUUGCCAAGUGGAAUGUAUGAUAAAUAAUGUUAUACAAAAUUGUGGUUGUUCACCAUAUUUUUUUGGAAUAGCUGGUACAAAUCAGAUCUGUAAUUUUUCUAAAGUACCUUGUCUAGUGGAAAACUAUGAUUUAAAUUUUGCUGAAGAAGGUACCUCGUUUUAUAAAUGUUCAUGUCUACCAAAUUGCGUUGAUAUCACCUAUAAAACAACUAUAAGUCAAGUACCAUUGGAAAAAAUGCCUGAAUGUGUUGAACCUUUCUAUUCGGAUAUGAAAGAUAAAACAAAUAAUACAGUUAUACAUAUCUAUAUGGAUUCCCAAACUUAUACCCGUUUUCGACGUGAUCUUAUUUACAACAUCAUUAAUUUGAUAUCUAACUUCGGGGGUUCUUACAGUUUAUUUUUGGGUAUUAGUACAGUUUCAGCUAUUGAAUUUAUAUAUUUUUUUACAUUUGUAUUGCGACGAAAUUAUUUAGAACAUUUGGAAUGUCAUAAUAAGGUUACAGCAUUUUUAAGAGUAGUUGAGAAACCAAAUCUUAAAAAAGUAAAAUAUGAUGAAGAUAUUUCGGUUAUCAAAAUCAAUACCAUUAGCGGUAAUCAAUUUGAUAUUGAUAAAGUGAAUAUGGAGGUUUUAAACAUUGAAGAUUUAAUCGAGAAGGAAUUAAGUUUUGCGAAAAAUCCGGACUAUGACAAGAAGGAGAACAAAAACAGAAGCGCAAAUAGUACUAAUGAAGAUAAAACAAUUCAAAAUGAAAAUGGAAACAUAAAAUUUCAAAUGUAG